AUGAUCAUGGACAUGCAGCUCGCCAUCUUCGCCAACAUACUGGAUGUGUCACUCUUCCCACUCCUCAUCGUCUACCACUAUGUGGCCAUCAACAACCCCAAAAAGCAGGAGUAA